CCGGCUUUGAAAUUUUUUUUCCUCUUUAUCUCUCCCUGGCUUUGCUCGGUAGUGAUUAGAAACUAGAUCGAUUGCAUUUCUGCGUCACCUUACCGCGUCGCAUCAUCAUCAUCGAAAGAAUUUCCUGAUAUUUAGAAAUCCCCAGAAAUUGUCAGGAAAUUCCCAUCUUACCCCAUUUAGAAUCCUCGCCCGACUGUCAUCUCUCGUUGCGUCGGCAAUAGCAGGAAUUUUUCCUUUAAUUUGACAUUAGUAAAUCGUCGAGUUGCCGACAACCUAUAAAACUGAAUCGAUAAAUGUUAAGCCAUUCGACCCUAACGGCAAAUAGCCCAUUCGCUUGCGUUGCAGCCCGGUGACAAUUGAAUUAUGAGAAUAUUGAGAAGCACGUCCCACCUGGGAAGCACAAUUUGCAAAUUGCCCAGUUUUGAGGUGGAUCGGCUGGGCUCGGACGGCCAGGGAUCCUCUGUCGGGUCCAGCCCGGAUCGGACCAGCCCUCUCGGACUCCGCGCCAUCCUCGCCAAGUAUGCCGGUGGAGGAGGGAUGUAUGGAGGUUCCGGUCCGGGGAGUGGAGGAGGGAUGUACGGAGGAUCCGGUCCGAACGGUGGAGGAGGGAUGUAUGGAGGAUCUGUUCCGGGGGGUGGAGGUGGGAUGUUCGGAGGAGGACCGGGAUGGACCCAGCCCUAUAACCCUCCACGGCCGUCGUCUCAUCAGCCCGGGAUCGUCUCGAAUUCCAAUCACAUCUCAGCUGCUACCGUUGAGCAGCUGAGCGAUCUGAGCCUGAGCGACAGCCUCAAGCAGCCGCCUGGCUCCUACCUCUGCCAUCUCUGCUUCCAGAAGGGACAUUACAUCAAGGACUGCCCUCAGGCCCGACCGAAGGGCGAGGGCUUGACGCCCUACCAGGGGAGGAAGCGGUGCUUCGGGGAGUACCGGUGCCCAAAGUGCAAGCGGAAAUGGAUGAGCGGGAACAGCUGGGCCAACAUGGGGCAGGAGUGCAUCAAGUGCCACAUCAACGUCUAUCCGCACAAGCAGCGACCGUUGGAGAAGCCGGACGGGUUGGACGUGUCGGACCAGUCCAAGGUGCACCCGCAGCAUCUGUGCGAGAAGUGCCGGGCCCUGGGGUACUACUGCCGUCGGCUGCAAGCCUGACGGACGUGCCUCCGUGGAGGUUCCUGUCGUGGCGCGCGAUUAUCCGUGGUGUUCCUGUCGUGGCGCGCGAUUAUCCGUGGUGUUCCUGUCGUGACGCGCAAUGCUCAGUGGUGUUCCCGUCGUGGCGCGCGUGGGCGCGGCAUCGUGUUCCUGUCUUGGCAAAUAGGUGUACAUAUUUCCCCACUGAGUUCCCGUCAUGACACACACGUGUGCCUAAGGCGCACGCACGUUUCGUACAAUUGUAACUUCCUCUAGUCGUGGUGGGUCAUUCCAGACGAGGACUUUCUCUUUUCUGCGUCGCCAUCGGCCCCAACCCCUUUCUUCCAGUGGCGCUUUGCAGUCUGCUCAUGCCCUCACUAAUGAGCUCAUUUCAUUAAUGACCCCUGUUCAUCGCGAACGCCAUUUCAUCACGAAUGCCAUUUCAUCGCGAAAGCCAUUUCGUUUUUCCCCCUCUUCGCCUGGGCUCCCUCGCAUUGCUCUCGCCAUGGCUCUCAAGAAUUCCAGUUUUCACGGGGCUUCGACGGCGGCGCUGUUUCUCUGUUUGUCCGUUUUUUUUGCAUGUCUGUGCGUGUGUGCCUUCUGUGCCAAAUUUUCGGCCGUUUCAUCGGUUCUCCUAGAAUGGCGAAUUUUUUUACGCUUAGAUCUGGUUAGGCUGCACUCGGAUACGCUUACGAAUUUUUUUCGCUCUUGGUUUAAACCGGACGUGGAAUCACCGAUGCAAUUUUUCAAAUUUAAAGUUUGGUCAUGUUUGAACCAUUAAAUGGUGAUGUAUGAACCAUUAAGUGGUGAUGUAUGAACCAUUAAGUGGCGAU